AGAACAGAAUCUUUCAGAGUGGCUACACCUUCAGUAUAGAUUUCAGGUGACUGGACCCUACGGAAAGCUUGGCGAAAACACGGAGAAGCGGACGUUACCGCGGAUCGGGAGUCAGACCUGGGCGUCAAUUACGGCGAAGUAGCUGUUUUGCGCCUGCGCCGAACUUCCCGCAUGCUCAGUAGCUGAGGUUGGCCGGUCAGCAUGCACUGCUGACCUAUCCAAGGAGUGUAAGCGCUGAACUGCUCGCAGUGGGGACCUGUGGCUUGAUAACACUUUUUUUGGUUAUUCCUGAAGUGUCUUUCGUCUGACUUGAUCCCAGUCUUGUCACCAAUGUGGAUGGUAGAAAAAAAUGAUGUUAAGAGAUUGAAGACACCUGAAAUCCAGUGUGCAGUCAGAACGUGGUACCGGGACGAUAACUGUUGCUGAAUGGAUGCUGCGGCUGUCCGUUGUCUCCUGUGCUGUGUUCCCUUAGUGUGUGGAAAUCCCGGCGACCUGAGUGGAAGUGGGAGAGGGCCCAGCAUGGCUUGCGGUCACACUGUGUUGAUGCGGUUGGUGGCCUCAGCGUAUGCUGUGGCCCAGAAGGCCGGGAUGAUCGUCAGGCGAGUUAUUGCCGAAGGAGACCUGGGUAUCGUGGAGAAGACCUGUGCGACGGACCUGCAGACCAAGGCCGACCGAUUAGUUCAGAUGAGCAUAUGUUCUUCCCUGGCACGGAAGUUCCCCAAACUGACAAUUAUAGGGGAAGAGGAUCUGCCUCCUGAAGAAGUGGAUCAGGAGCUGAUUGAAGAUGGCCAGUGGGAGGAGAUCCUGAAGCAGCCCUGCCCGUCACAGUACAGCGCCAUCAAGGAGGAGGAUCUUGUCGUCUGGGUUGAUCCACUGGAUGGUACCAAAGAAUAUACUGAAGGUCUUCUUGACAAUGUAACGGUUCUUAUUGGAAUUGCUUAUGAAGGAAAAGCCAUAGCAGGAGUUAUUAACCAGCCAUAUUACAACUACCAGGCAGGACCAGAUGCUGUGUUGGGGAGAACCAUCUGGGGAGUUUUAGGUUUAGGUGCCUUUGGGUUCCAGCUGAAAGAAGUGCCUGCCGGGAAACACAUUAUCACAACCACCCGGUCCCACAGCAACCAGCUGGUUAUGGACUGUGUGACGGCUAUGAACCCUGAUGAUGUGCUUCGAGUGGGAGGAGCAGGAAAUAAGAUUAUCCAGCUGAUCGAAGGCAAAGCCUCUGCUUACGUAUUUGCAAGUCCUGGAUGUAAGAAGUGGGAUACCUGUGCUCCUGAAGUUAUUUUACAUGCUGUGGGAGGCAAGUUAACCGACAUCCAUGGAAAUGCCCUUCAGUAUAACAAGGAAGUGAAGCACAUGAACUCGGCGGGAGUCCUGGCCACGCUGAGGAAUUACGACUACUAUGCAAGUCGAGUUCCCCAGUCUGUCAAAAAUGCACUUGUGCCUUGAAGGGAAAUCAAGGACUUGCAUCUCGAGAGAGCGCAUUUUACACCUAACUGAAUGACACCAGAGCUCCACUCCCCGUUGAUGACUGUUCUAUCCAGUUACUUAGGAGUAGAAAGAGAAUUUUAAAAUGUCUUAAUUAAUUAAUCAUCCAGACCAAUUUUGAUAUCGGGAAAAUGUAUAAAGUUAGUAUAUGUCACAUUUCUUUCUCUCCAUUUAUUUGGAGAAAUGAAAGUUUAGCUCCAACUGGCUAGCCCGGUCACUUGCCCAAUCUACAUUCCUGUUUUGUAAACAAGAUUUCUGUAGCACAAGUUGUCACCUGAAUCUCCUCCUCGUUUUUCACAGUAAAGUAAGACAUUUUCCUACUCUCAUUCUGAGUACAUUAAAAUAUUAUAUAUGUUGAUGAAACAUUUUGGAGAAAAGUUUCUUUAUAAUAAAUUAUUUAAUUCUG